AGCUUGUUCCAUAAAAAGACGCUGGAAAUCGUAACAGAAACUACAACCACGACUGCACGACAACUCUCUCUCGUUAUACUGUGUUUUUUUUGUGUGUGUAUGUGUGUGUUUUGAAAGGGAAAAGCGAAAGAAAAUGGCUUUGAAGCUGAACCAAAUAACCUUCCCAUCAAUCCACAACCUUCCUUCUCAGCCUCGCCCCGUUAGAUCUCAUAGAGUUCUCAUGGCCUCUACUUUGAAUUCCAUUUCCACCAAAGAGGCUCAGAACCUAAAGAAGCCCUAUUUUCCUCCACAAGAGGUACAUGUUCAAGUGACCCAUUCCAUGCCUCCACAAAAGAAGGAGAUUUUCAAAUCCAUGGAAAACUGGGCAGAGGAUAACCUCUUGACGCUCCUAAAACCUGUUGAGAAAUGUUGGCAGCCACAAGAUUUUCUUCCAGAACCUGAGUCAGAUGGAUUUUAUGAGCAAGUUAAGGAAUUGAGGGAAAGAGCAAGGGAACUUCCUGAUGACUAUUUUGUCGUGCUGGUUGGAGAUAUGAUUACUGAAGAAGCCCUCCCAACUUACCAGACAAUGAUUAACACCCUUGAUGGUGGUAUUAGGGACGAGACUGGUGCAAGCCUUACUCCUUGGGCAAUUUGGACAAGGGCAUGGACAGCUGAAGAAAAUAGACACGGUGACCUUCUCAACAAGUAUCUUUACCUCUCUGGAAGAGUAGACAUGAAGCAUAUUGAGAAAACAAUUCAGUAUCUUAUCGGGUCAGGAAUGGAUCCUAAAACAGAAAAUAACCCCUACCUUGGUUUCAUAUACACUUCAUUUCAAGAGCGAGCUACAUUCAUCUCACAUGGGAACACGGCUAGACUAGCUAAGGGGCAUGGGGAUAUGAAACUGGCACAGAUAUGUGGCAUCAUUGCUGCAGAUGAGAAACGCCAUGAAACUGCCUACACCAAGAUUGUGGAGAAGCUCUUUGAGAUUGAUCCAGAUGCCACCAUCUUGGCAUUAGCUGACAUGAUGAGGAAAAAAAUCUCAAUGCCGGCUCACUUGAUGUUUGAUGGUCAGGAUGAUAACCUUUUUGAAAACUACUCGACUGUUGCCCAGCGGAUUGGGGUCUACACUGCCAAGGAUUAUGCCGAUAUUCUGGAAUUUCUUGUAGGACGAUGGAAAGUAGAGAAGUUGACAGGUCUUUCUGGUGAGGGACGUAGAGCACAAGAUUUUGUAUGCGGAUUGCCUCCAAGGAUUAGAAGGCUGGAGGAGCGAGCUCAGGGUAGGGUCAAGGAUGCAUCAUCCACUGCACCAUUCAGCUGGGUUUUUGGUAGAGAAUUGAAGCUCUGAGUUCAUCACAGAACUAGUCUCUGCUACCACCCUGUCAUCUCAUUGAUUAAGACAAGCAAUACAUGUUUUGAUGGAUCCUCUCUGUGUGAGGAGAUAAGUUGGUAUUGCUAUGUUUUCUUGCACUGGUUGCAUUGGUUCAACGGAAAGACCUAUAGUUUCCUACGUUUUUUUUUUUUUGCCAUUUUCAACCUGGAAAUAUCGAGUGUAAGCUCGAGAAACUGUUGACAUUUCUUUAGUUUUAAAUCUUUUGUGUAUGAGGUGAACCGCUUGGUUUUUUAA